CGUCAUAACCGCAGUAAACAACAAUAAGGAAGGGGAGUCGGAAGUCCUGAGGUGCAAAAUGAAACAGUCACGCUAAAGGUGUCUGGACUGGAUUAUUAUUUCCGACGUGGAUAAAUUGAAAGUAUAAUGCAAUAACUUUUAAUUUCGACAAGCGACGCUAGCGAUGGAGGGCUCCAAGUCGUCGAGCACAACCAUGCAGGUCAGCUUCGUGUGCCAGCGAUGCUGCCAGCCGCUCAAGCUAGACACAUCCUUCAAUGUGCUCGAUCGGGUCACUAUCCACGAGCUUAUUGCUCCACUGGUCACAGUGACCCCAAGCAAACAGGCUGACAACAGUGAGGCAGAGACAGCACCAGAGGAGACUUUUGUGGAAAACAAGCAAGAUGGAGUGUCAAGAAAAUACAUCCCUCCUGCCAGAAUGAUGUCAACGGAGAGCGCCAACAGUUUCACGCUGAUUGGAGAAGCGUCCGAUGGUGGCACAAUGGAAAAUCUUAGCCGUAGAUUGAAGGUAACCAGUGACCUGUUUGACAUCAUGUCCGGCCAAACAGAUGUGGAUCACCCGCUGUGUGAGGAAUGUACCGACACUCUGCUGGACCACCUAGAUACACAGCUCAACAUCACAGAGAACGAAUGCCAGAAUUACAAGCAGUGUCUGGAGCUGCUGUCACACCUACAGGUGGAGGAAGAGGAAACCUUGCUGGCAGAGCUGCAGCAGCUGAAGGAGGAGGAGGAGGCUCUGGUCCAAGAGCUGGAGGCAGUGGAGGAGCAGAGGGCUGCUGUGGCCCAGGACCUGACUCAGAGCAGGGUCCACUCUCAGCAGCUGGACACUGAGGAGCUACAGUACCAAAAGGAGUACAGCGAGUUUAAACGGCAGCAGCUAGAGCUGGACGAUGAGCUGAAGAGUGUCGACAACCAGAUGCGUUACUGCCAGAUUCAGCUGGAUCGCCUGAAAAAGACCAACGUCUUCAACGCUACAUUUCACAUCUGGCACAGCGGCCAGUUUGGUACCAUCAACAACUUCCGUCUUGGUCGGCUUCCCAGCGUCCCUGUGGAGUGGAAUGAGAUAAACGCAGCCUGGGGGCAGACGGUGCUGCUGCUGCAUGCCCUGGCCAACAAAAUGGGGCUGCGCUUCCAGAGAUAUCGCCUCGUCCCAUAUGGAAACCACUCAUACUUGGAGUCACUGACAGACAAGUCAAAGGAGCUUCCACUGUACUGCUCAGGCGGCCUGAGGUUCUUCUGGGACAAUAAGUUUGAUCAUGCUAUGGUGGCCUUUCUGGAUUGUGUCCAGCAGUUCAAAGAAGAGGUGGAAAAAGGAGACACUGGCUUCUGCCUCCCAUACAGGAUGGAUGUAGAGAAAGGCAAGAUUGAAGAUACAGGUGGCAAUGGAGGCUCCUACUCCAUCAAAACCCAGUUUAACUCUGAAGAACAGUGGACCAAGGCCCUCAAGUUCAUGCUUACCAACCUGAAGUGGGGCCUGGCCUGGGUAACCUCACAGUUCUACAACAGAUAAACCUGCUGGACAAUGCCUUCGUAUAUUGACUUUACGUAGUCCUGUGUGUCUCUAAUGAAUGGAUGUCAUGUUUUUCUUGUUUGGACACUUAGCCAAAGGAAGAGAAAUGGUCAUGUUUGCAGGAUUCUCUGUACUAAAAGCAUUCAGCAGUGUCACGAGCUUCAGUCCAGAUUGUGUUCCUCGUGUUACAGACGGGUCAUCUGAAUUCGUUUUGCUGCAAAGUGGACAAAAUGAUUUGUGGGCCCAUUGUGGAAGAACUGUGGGCAAGCGUCACAUCUGUCACUAGUUACAUUUUGGUAUGUGCUUCACUAAUUAAAAACUGGCAUUUUCUGAAAAGCUGAUGUCACAAAACUAUUCGCCGUUCUUCAGACUAAAAUGUGCUUUAAGGUUAAUUCUGCUCCAACAUAUUUUCAGGUAAAGCUAUUCUGUCUCCUGCUGCACUGCACCUUUUGAAGUCAUUUUCCACAAAUAUAAAAGCCGUAAGAUGUGACACUCACAGUUAAGGUCGAAUUUUUUAUAGACUACAUCCAAGUAUUCAAAGUGUCAGCAUUUCAGUAACGUUGAAUGCGGAGGUGCACUGAAAAACCUACUUUGUGUUCAUACUCUGCACCAUUACAUGCAUUUUUCCGUUCUAGUCAAUAAAAUUUUUAUGCAGUGAAAA